AUGCAGCUAUCAAGCGCUUUCUUCUUGGCUCUUGCCGCCGCUACUGUCUCUGGCUCGGUGGGUACCUUGGGAAGCAAAAAUGCUUUAGGAGCCGCCAGCGGAACAGGUGCAACUCCCGUUGUACGUGCCCGAUUUGUACACGGUCCUUACCGACGCAAGAAGUCCUACGAGUCGACAUAUACAGAAGGAGCCGGAGCUGCUCAGGCUACUGGCGGAGCAAACUCUGGUGGAGGCUACAGUUCUGGCAGCGGUUCAGCCCAGCCCAGUGGUUCGGGAGGAGAGGCACCAGCUGAGAGUAGUGUGGCUUCACCCUCGGGAUGGACGGGAGGAUAUGGAGGAAAUGCCAGUACAACAGCAGAAGCUGGCUCUGCUAUGCCGACUGGAACUGGGGAUACUGGCAGCGGAGCCGCUUCCGCUUCGGGGGCUGGUGCUGCGUCUGCAACUUCCAUUUCUCCAGCUAUUCCCACUGGUGGUGCCGCAUCUCUAUCUAAUAACGGAGGCACAGUCGCUGUGGUUGGUCUCGGUGUCGCAUUUGCUGUUUUUAUGUAA